AUUUACUCUUUCAGCCUUUGUUGACCCAACCCUUAGAAGUGUUCAGUUUCAGCUGAAAUCGUGAGUAGAUUCCGGCGAUAUGACCGUCGGAGAUUCGCCGGCGGAUUGGCCUCCUCCCGGAUGGACUGAGGAUGUCAAAAUAACUAGCGGAAGAAAAACCAAGUACUACACAAAUGUGGAAACUGGGAAAAAGUUCUAUUCCAAGAAGGAAGUCACUCGGUAUAUGAACGCAAAAGAUACUUGCCAUGAUGUAACUCAAGUACUGAACCAAGAUAAGAGUAGCUCCCAGAACAAUGUUAGUCAAAUGAAUCAUCAAGAUAAGAGCUUCUCUGAGAACAAUGUUAGUCAAAUGAAUUAUCAAGAUAGGAGCUGCUCCGAGAACAAUGUUAGUCAAAUGAAUUAUCAAGAUAGGAGCUGCUCCGAGAACAAUGUUAGUCAGAUUGUUGAGGAAACAAAGAAAUCUCCUGAGUGGUUACCUGCAGGUUGGAUAGUUGAGUUGAGGAAUCGUAAGUCUGGCUCACAUGCUGGUUUGGCUUACAAGGUAUGGAAAUGGAAAUCUACCAACCUCAUACUUGUGGCUAUGAUUUGUUAUAAUGUGUCUUCUAUAUUUCUUUUAGUGUGAACUUUCUGAAAGAUU